AGGUAGGACAGCUAGCAACGUAUAGGAAAGGAUACAUACUUCUAAUGACACAUCUUUGACAUAGACGUAGGUGAGGGAGAAACAUCUGCAGCAAAAUGGAAGAGGAGAAUGUCCCUAUCCCACAGUUGGAUGACUCGGAGUCUUCAGACGACGACGACGACAUGCAGAACGCAGUGCCACCUGCCGACAUGCCGAGGCGUAAUAGGCUGGAAAGGAUCGCGCUAUUUGACUUUCUGAGGCUCGUAGCCGGUGACAGGCACCAAGUCGCUGGGUUUCGCACAAACGAGGAGCUUGUAGCACACUUGAAGUCCAGCGACACCGUAACAAGCGAGUCCGUUUCCCGUGCCAUGCUUGCCUGCCCCCGCGACCUCUUCGUGCCGCCCGCCCACCGCGGGGAGGCGCUCGCGGACCGCCCGGUGCGGGUGGAGGCGGCGGGGUUCAACAUCUCAGCACCGCACGUGCAGGCUGUUGCGCUGGAGGCGCUGCAGCUGCAGCCGGGCAUGAGGGUGCUGGAUGUGGGUUGCGGCUGCGGCAUUGUGACUGCCUACGCGGCACACCUGGUUGGCUCCUCGGGCGAGGUGGUGGGGGUGGACAUCCGGGACGCCGCGCUGCGCCUGGCGCGCGGCAACAUGGCGAGACUGAGGGAGCACAACCACGAGUUCUCCGAGGUUGCUGCUCCGGUGGCUCUGGAGCUGCACAACGUGUUCGUACCGCUGCGGCGCCACGAGGGGCAGUACGACGCCGUACACGUGGGGGGCGCCAUGCCGGAGAGCCGACUGGGAGGGGUGUUGGGGCUGCUGAAACCCGAGGGUGGCCGUGUGGUGGCCCCGGUGGCCAACGAGCUGCGACUCAUCACCAAGCUCCCCGACGGCUCCACCCGGCAGCGGCUGCUGAGCCAGGUGAGCUUCAGUGAGCUGGAGGUGCCGAGGGAUGUGGACGUGGUGCGGGCCAUGGAGGCGGAGAGGGCGAAGGCGGCCAGGCGUGUGUCAGUGCCCCCCUCCACCUUCCCCUCCGACCUGGCGCACCUGGCAGCACCCGGGGCGGACCUCAGGCUGCUGGCUCAGCAGCUGGCGGCGGCGGCAGAGGCGGCAGUGGAGGCGGCAGCGGAGGAGGCGGCAGUGGAGUGGGAGGCGCAGGAGGGGAGGGAGAAGAGGGAAGGUGGUGGCAGGCGGGAGGAGGUGGAGACGGAGGCGGCGCUGCCCCCCCGACGCGGCAGCAUCAACGGUGUCAGGCCCCGCAGUCGAGGCUCGCUGGACCCGCACCACCUGGCCCCCGCCACCCGCCCGCCCGCGCACAGGG